AUGAUCGGUGGCCGCAAAUUGGCUGCGAUCAUGUCUCCGAUGCCUCGGCUCGCUCCGCGCAUGGCGCCUGUGCGGCGCGCCCUCGCGACGCACCGCGUGCUACGCGACUUCUCUGCCGCGGCGCUCAAUCACGAUGCCAUGACUGGCUCUUCUUACGAGAACUACAGCGUCACGUCGCAGACGUACGACUCGUUCCGCAAGCCGAUCAGCCUCGACUUGUUCCGCGAUGCUUUCGGCACCGUUGCCGAGCGGCUGUCCAAGCCAACGAAGAAGCUCGAUCUCCUCGAUGCCGGAUGCGGCUCGGGAAACUACCUCGACGCGGUCAAGGACGACGUGGGCUCCAUUGCCGGGCUCGAAUUCAACGAAGGCAUGAUUGGCAAGGCGGUCGCGAAGCUGCCGUCCGCGGACAUUCAGCAGGGAUCCAUCACGUCGAUGCCCUAUGCGGCCGCGUCCUUCGACGUCAUCAUCACUACGCAAGUGCUCCAUCACCUGGAGAAGGGCGGCGGCCAGGAAUUUUCCAACGUCGCCCUCGCCGCUCAGGAGGUCUUUCGCUGCCUGCGCCCCGGUGGAGCGUGGGUCGUGCAGACGCAGACACCCGAGCAGCACCUUGACGGCUUCUGGUGGGCACCCGUCGUGCCGGAUGCCGCGCUGACCCUGUCGAAGCACUUCGCGCCACUGCCGAAGUUCGAGUCGAUCUGCCGCAGCGCCGGCUUUGGCGACUUCUCGAGCGCGAUCCCACCAGAGCCGCUUGUGCGCCUCGACAAGUACCUGGACAUAGAGGGGCCGUUCAACCAGGCGUUCCGUAACGCCGAUAGCACCUGGAGCCUCGCCACCGAAGACGAGCUGAAGACGGGGCUCGCAAUGCUACGCGCGAAGAUCGACGCUGGCGAGGCAGCCGCGUGGCAGGCCGAGCGCGAGGCGCUCCGCGCGAAGAUCGGACAGACGACCACCGUGGUGGCGACGAAGCCAAUGGUGUAG